AUGUUAACUCUGUGUCGUAAGCGAGUUGGACGAGUGCUAGCUUUAUUGCUUUACCUACUUAUAUAUGUGCUCGGCCGAGAAAAUGGAUCGUGUGCAAUUGCUCCACGAAAUCAGGGGUUUCCGUAUGAUUUCAGCCUCGCGUUUCCAAACUGGCCAGUACCUUUCUGUUCCGAGCGUUUCAGGAACAACUCUCGCGGAAGUUUCAACCUUGGACUGCAUCGCGUCAGCAAGGAAGUCACAGCGUAUUCCUUGCCUGAGAGUGCUGUCGUUUACCGCGAUACAGAAGAGCGUGGUGGCUGGGGGAACCUGUUGCUCGGCCUUGCUUCCGCCUACGUUUUGUCCGUAGCGCUGGACAGACCGUUCUUUAUAGACAGCGAGCGCUUCACACGCGCUUUCACCCCAGGGACAGCAGCCGCGUUAUGGAAUAAAAGCUUUGACAAUGCGUCGCUGUUCCCGCGUGCGGAACGAUCUUUGCUGCGGGUUCGCGAACAUGAUUCUAUUUGGCAGCGGAUCUCGCCCGGGUAUGACCAGCCAUACAAGAUGAUCGCUGAAGAGAAUCCGACUUGGUGGUUCAGAGGUCGGCGAGGAGUCAGGCCUCCAUUUCUAGAUGUGGAGAGCAACCAAUGGUUUGUGCCGGCUCUAUAUCUGAACCGGCAUAUACGACCGCUCUUGUGUGAAAAGCUUGGCGCAGCCGCAUUUCGUAGCGUCUCCAAUGGAGUUUGGAUGCCGAACGCUUUUGUACAGAAUAUUCUGGACCAUUUUUGUGCGCGCACAGGCAUGCUUUGCACAAGCUCUCCCAUGCCGGGUGCAAAGAUCGUUGGGGUGCACAUCCGGAGCGAGGCAUCCGCACCGCGUUGGCGGCGAUAUCGCCUGCGGGGACACCGAUUGUACUCAAUGCUCCGCUGUAUCUCUUUGGUGAAGAGCAACUUGGAGGACCUUCUCAGCCCUAGUAGUGUGUAUUUAUUCAUCGCAUCUGAUUCCUCGCCCCUUCUCAGCGAGUUACAAAAAUUAGAGAAAGCGCCACACUUCCACUUUUUGGAUCCCGAGCUUGAUGCGCGCGAUGUUCCCGCAGAUAUUCGUGAGCAUGUCAUAGCGGCUGCGGAGCUGAUUUUGCUGAGUCGCUGCCACUACCGAAUUCUGUCCGUGGGUUCCACUUUUGGCAUGUGUGCUCACGCGAUGAGCACAUCGGUAGCGUGGCCCUUUGUGCUCACAGAGCGUGGUGACUGCGUCCAGGUUCCGCGUAACGAGCCAUGCCAGCAUCACCUGUACCGUCUGCGGCAUAUGAACGGCAUUGAAACAAUUGCCGAUCUCACAAAUGAUAUGCGUUUUGGCUGCAUAAUUUGA